AAUAGUCGUUUGUCUUGUUUCUUCGACACCUGUUUCUGAAAUUUUCUUCUUGUUUUCUCCUUGGAAUUCUAUCUGGAGCCGGAGUUUCAGAUCCACCAGUUCAUCUCUCUAAUGCCGUUAAUAUGGGAGACACCGCUCUUAGCCUGAAGUGCCUUGGGGGCUCUGAAAACCAAUAUUUGUCUGAUGUUUCUAAUAUCACUGAUGAUGGCUGCCGGUUAGUCCUCGGAUUGGGUCCAACGUCCGCUUCAUACUGUUUUAGUGUCGGCGUUAAUAACAGCAACAAAGAUUCUGCUUCUGGAUUCAGUCAAGAAUUUGGUGAUUCAGUUCUGCAACUUGGUCGUCCUGCUGUAAGCAUAGACACUUUCAGCGGACUUGAUUGUUCAUUGUCGGCAUAUACAGAUCCCCGAGUUGCUAUCAAUAAUGGUGGACAACGUGUGAUCCCUGUUGUUGAUGAAGGUUCUUCUUCUGCAAAGAGAUCAGGUGGAUACAUGCCAUCACUUCUGUUAGACCCAAAUGUUAGCAACCCUUCACAGAUGCAACAACUUAAAGAUUUUGGAACCGGCAUCCAUUCGCAAGUGAGCCUAGAAACAUCACCGUACACAGCAUUAUCUGUACAGCAGAGGACUAGCAAUCCGAGGAAGUGUAAAUUUAUGGGAUGUGUGAAAGGAGCUCGAGGCUCAUCAGGGCUCUGCAUUAGCCAUGGAGGAGGCCAGAGAUGCCAAAAACCAGGCUGCAACAAAGGUGCAGAGAGUAGAACUACCUUUUGCAAAACUCAUGGUGGAGGGAAGAGAUGUGAGCACUUGGGAUGCACGAAGAGCGCUGAAGGAAAAACAGACUUCUGCAUAUCUCAUGGUGGUGGAAGACGUUGUGAGUUCCUCGAAGGAUGUGACAAAGCAGCCCGUGGCAAAUCGGGCCUCUGCAUUAAACAUGGUGGUGGCAAAAGAUGUAAUAUUGAAAACUGUACACGAAGUGCUGAAGGACAAGCUGGUCUUUGUAUUUCCCAUGGUGGUGGGAAACGUUGUCAGUUUUUUUCAGGUUGUGAGAAAGGAGCUCAAGGAAGUACAAACUACUGCAAAGCCCAUGGAGGCGGAAAACGCUGCAUAUUUUCAGGAUGUAGCAAAGGAGCAGAAGGUAGUACUCCUCUGUGUAAAGCACACGGUGGUGGGAAACGCUGUCUGGCUGAUGGAGGCGGGAUUUGCUCUAAAAGCGUACAUGGUGGGACUAACUUCUGUGUUGCUCAUGGUGGUGGGAAAAGAUGUGUUGUGGCGGGGUGUACAAAGAGUGCGCGUGGUCGCACUGACUGUUGUGUUAAACACGGUGGUGGAAAACGUUGCAAGAUUAUUGAUUGUGAGAAGAGUGCUCAAGGUAGUACUGAUUUCUGUAAAGCUCACGGCGGUGGGAAACGAUGUUCUUGGGGAGAUGGUAAAUGUGAGAAGUUCGCUAGAGGAAAGAGCGGUUUAUGUGCUGCGCAUAACACUAUUAUGUCUCGGGAGAACGAAGGUGGAAGCAAGAGCGGUUUGAUUGGACCGGGACUCUUCAGUGGCCUUGUUUUUGGCUCAACUUCUGAACAUUCUCAGUCUGGAGUUAGUGCUGUCUCUGAUUGUACUGAUUCUGUUGAUCGAAUACAGUUUGAGAAUAGGCAGAAGAAGAAGGAGAUGAUGAUACCGAUGCAGGUUCUAGUACCUUCAUCAAUGAAAUCUCCAAGUACUUCACAUGAAGGAGAAACAAACAUCUAUGACUUCAUGAUUCCGGAGGAGAGAGUUCACGGCGGAGGGCUAAUAAUGUCUUUACUUGGUGGCUCCAUUGAUCGAAACUGAAAGCCAUUUAUGGUCACCUUCUCAGCAAAAACCUGUGUAAUGCUGUAAAAAGUGUCAAGUAUAGUGUGGUAUCCUUUGUACAUGGGUCGUUUUGGUUUUGUUGGUUUUUCUGUUUGUAGCCGGUUAUGUUGCUCUUUGUCAUCUAAACCGAUGACUCAAAACCCAAGUCUUGUUUCUUGGUUAUUUGUUGGAUAUUAUGCUGGAUUAGUGGUGAAACCACUUCCCGGUUGAUACAUAAAUAAAUAAAUGUUUUGUUU